UCAUAAUCAAUAUGCAUUGAGUAAACCGAACAGAGUUCAAGGAUGAAGGAGAAAGAAUUCAAGGAUUUUAGAGAUGCUGUCUUCACUUAACAAGAUAAUGUCGUUGUCAGAUGAUACAAGUAUAUAUUGCGGUCAUGAAUAUACGUUGAAUAAUUCAAAGUUUGCAUUAUCCAUAGAGCCUGAAAACAAAGAACUUCAGUCCUAUGCUUCACAUGUAGCUCACCUUAGAAAUAAAGGCUUGCCCACGCCUCAACCAGAAAGAUACUGUUGGGCCAGUGCCACCUAAUGAUAGGAUUUUCAAUUUAUGCAUAAGUUUGAUUCUUUUUAAUAGAAUGGAUCCAGUGCCAGCUGAUGUGUCUAAUCCACCUCCUGUGAAAGUACCAUCUGCGACACAUCCUGCUAAUGAGGAUGAUGUAGCAUCUGGACAAGAUAAUUCUGCCCGUGAAGCACCGACUAUGCUAUCCCCCACUGGCAUAUCUUCUUGGGCCAAAAAUUUGAAAGUUUCCCCGUCAUUUUCUGGAUCCCAAGACGAGUCUUCUAGUGGAAAUGUUGGGAAAUCAGCCUUUGCACGCCUUACAAGUAACCUGGGAUUGCGGUUGUCUCCAAAGUCUCCUGUGGAUGACAGUCCCAGUGAACCAGCAGCACAAUCUAAUUUGUUUGGAACUAUCACAAAGGGCCUGGUUGACUCUUCAAAGAAUGCGGUGAAAGCUGUGCAGGUUAAAGCACGUCAUGCUGUUUCUCAAAAUAAACGCAGAUACCAGAAAACAACAAGAGGAACGAGGUGUUCAUGAACAGAGUGAAAAACAAGCAGAGGAUAAUUUUUAGAUUUUUUUUCAGUACAAUUUUUUUAAUUUAUACAAAUGUGUAUUGUGUAUAGAUUAGGUCAUUGAAGCCACCGACAUCUAAUUUUCGGUGUCUUAACAUACUCUUUCUCGCGACUCUUU